AUGACUUCGGGUUCACCGACUUCUCCUUCUGCCUUCUUUUACCAUACGACGACGAUUAAUAUUAUUGUACUGGCGUCCCCAACGCCAAGCAACGCUUGUUCGGCAUCUUCUAGUAACUUUAAUAGUAUUCAAACGAUAAAGCGAUGGCUACAAAUGAAUGUGGUCCAGCGUCUCUUGUCGGCACUGGUACUGGUACCGCUUAUCACAGUAUUUCUGUGGCUCUCGCCGGCAUUUGCUACUGCUACGUUCUGCACAUUCGUGACAAGUAUCUGUUCCUACGAGUACGCGUGGCUUCAACAUCGCAUUCAUCUGCGUUUUAUGACCAAGAUGAAUGCCUGCGAGUUAUAUUUGAUACAAAGGGACACCACAAUUAACAAUAGAACGACGCAAUACCACUACAACGGAGAAAAUCGCCUCUCUGACAUCAUCAGUCGUAGCAUACGAAGCGAAAGCAACAGAGUGAACGAUAUAAGUGGUAAUGUUACAGGAGCUGAUACUGCAAAUACAGGGCGCACUACAAGCGGCGUAACGGUCCAGUCGUCGCCACAGUCCCCUCUGCCACUGUCUCAAGCGUCUGAUGCGUCCUUUCAACUAGAAGAAGAUGUGCCUCAAGAGCAGCGACUAAGUCAUGACCAUAACGCUGGAGAUGACUUUAUGCAUAGCGUGAGCUUUUCAAAAAGUGUUGUGUCCAGUAUAGCUGAUAAGCACUUCCGCCAGAAUGAGUGGAUUGCUGCAAUAGUGCUGUCAGCAUUCACCACCGUCGUCACUACGACCAUUUUCCUAAGCUAUGUUGAACAUAUUUCUGAGCUGGAGGGGACGCAGUUAUACAAGCUGCGAUGGUUCUACAGUAUUGCCACGGACUUUGUCGCCGCACUUUGUGCCUUCUUCACGCCAAAUUGGAGGUAUGCGCUCAUCUGCCUUGUGGAAAAAGCGGUGUUUACCCUGUUGACAAUGCAAUCGGCUGCUUGCCCCAUCAACCGGUACCAUUGUGGAUUCUCUCUGGAGCCAGCACAAGUAUUUCUUUCAGGCGUGGUGAUUAUCGUUUUCUUACGUUUGCAGACGCGCUCAUCAGGACCCGCCACAUUCUUGUACAUGGCACUAGACAUGCUCGGCUUUCUGUACAUCAUCGGCACUCUUUCUGUGAUCGUUGCCUUUGUAGACGACGAGCGAAUCGAUUCUUACCGCAAGCUACUAAUUGUGCUACUUUACGUUGUAUGGUCUGCUGACACAGGUGCAUACUUAACGGGAAAGUUGCUGAAUCGAAUGCACUAUAGCCACUACAAUCGUCUGGCACCCCACUUGUCCAAAAACAAGGACUACGAAGGGACACUUGGUGCCAUUCUUUUUGGCGUUACUGCGAUGUUCGUCUCCUCCUAUCUACUUAGCGUACCAGGCACUGCGGCUGCACAAGUUGGAUUUGCGAUGGUAGCCGUGAUAGUAGGUCGACUUGGUGAUCUCUUCGAGAGUCUGCUGAAGCGUGCAGCUGGUGUAAAGGACUCUGGAAAGCUGAUUCCUGGUCACGGAGGUGUACUAGAUCGUAUCGACGCACUGAUGUUUGCCUCUCUUGUAUUUGCGCGAUAUUAUGCUUCGAUCGUGAUGUGA